AUGGAUAGAGCAAAUUACUCACUAGUGACUCAAUUUAUCCUCAUAGGACUAACAGACCAGCCAGAGCUCCAGCUUCCCCUCUUCCUCCUAUUCCUGGGCAUCUAUGUGGUCACUGUGGUGGGGAAUCUGGGCAUGAUCAUACUGAUUAUACUCAGUUCUCAUCUUCACACCCCCAUGUACUAUUUCCUCUGCAGUUUGUCCUUCAUUGAUCUCUGUCAAUCAACUGUUGUCACUCCCAAAAUGAUGAUGAACUUUUUAUUGGAGAAGAAUACCAUCUCCUACCCUGAGUGCAUGACUCAGUUCUAUUUUUUUGUCAUUUUUGUAAUUUCUGAAUGUCAAAUUUUGGCUGUGAUGGCAUAUGACCGUUAUAUUGCUAUUUGUCAUCCCCUCCGUUAUAGUCUUAUUAUGUCCUAUCAGGUGUGCUCAUGGUUGGUGGGUGGGGUGUAUGCAUUGGGCUUGGUUUUGGCCACAGCUCACACAGGCUGCUUGCUUCAAGUACUCUUCUGUAAAGAAAAAGUCAUUAAUCAUUACUUCUGUGAUCUCCUUCCACUCUUGGAACUCUCUUGUUCUAGCACCCAUGUCAAUGAAGUGUUGGCUCUGGCCUCCAGUGCGUUUAAUAUCCUUUGCCCAUCCCUGAUCAUUAUUUGCUCUUAUGUUUUAAUCAUUGCUAGCAUUUUGAAAAUUCACUCCACUGAAGGCAGAUCAAAAGCCUUCAGGACCUGCAGUUCUCAUAUUGCAGCAGUUGGUGUCUUCUUUGGUUCUGGUGCAUUCAUGUACCUGCAACCAUCUUCAUCCAGCUCCAUGGAUCAGGGGAAAGUGUCCUCUGUGUUUUACACUAUCAUUGUGCCCAUGCUAAACCCUCUCAUCUACAGUCUGAGAAAUAAGGAUGUCAAAAUUGCCUUGGACAAAGUGAUAGAAAGAACAUUCCAGUAA